CCAAUCCAAUUUCUACCAGAAAUGCUCUUGGCCUUAUAAUCGAGAAUUCAAGUAAUUUAGCGGCGGGGGGAAAUUGAUACGUGCGAUUCAAUGGUUUCUGCUGGAAUUGGAAUUGCAGAUAGAAUUCAGACCGCAGCGAUUCCUCCUACUGUGUUUUUCUCGAACUCUUGCAGUAACGGAUCUCAAUUUCUUAAGCAGCGGAGCUUAUACUCAUCUAGCCAGCGCAAGCGCCUCAGGAAUCUCAAAGCUCAUUCGUCACGACGUAUUGUUUAUGCUGCACAGUUCGAGUUCUUGAAAGUUGUCCAGACGGUAUGGAAGGUUGGGAAGGAUGGAGUCGACGCGGGAACUAACAUGGUGCCUGCUGUUGUUCCGAGGCCAAUAGCAAGGGCGGCUGUUGCCGUUGCGGCAGCCAUGGCGGGGCUCUUUGUGCUCAAGUCAUUCCUGUCUACAGCAUUAUUUGCUCUGGCAGUGAUGGGACUGUGUUAUUUCACAUUCAUAGCAUUGAAUAAGAAUGAAGGUCCAAAAGGGAAUGGAGGAACCACUUCUGUUGAAGACAGUCUUGAAGAAGCUAGAAGAAUCAUGGACAAGUACAAAUAGAAUUCUUUAUUUUAAUUUAAAUGUAAUAUAUAUAUAUAUGAUAUAUAAAUUUUGUUGCAUAAUUUACUAUUGCAUCA